UCCCAUAUGCCAUCUGAUUUGUCACCUCUGCUUGGUUCCUUCUGUCGAGAUGUGAUCAGAAUUCUAGACUCCUUGAGUUUUGACUGGAGUGUGACUCCUUCAGAUGGGUACUUGAUUAGGUCGAAAGCUGGAAAAAGAAGUUUGCUCCUCUUUGGCACACUUGUCAGCAGACAUAGAAAAUAUUCUGACAAAUUAGUGCCAGAGAUAGUAAUUUGCUCAAUGAAGAUUGUGAAACAUAGUUCAACCAUCAGUAAGCUCGGAUGCCUAACUGAGAGAAUUAUCUCACUUGCUUUUGAUGUAAUUUCACGCGUCAUGGAAAUUGGCCCUGGAUGGAGAUUACUUUCACCCCAUUUUUCUGUUUUGUUGGACUCUGCAAUCUUUCCAGCCCUGGUGCUGAAUGAGAGGUAGGACAUAUCUGAGUGGGAAGAAGAUGCAGAUGAAUUCAUAAGGCAAAACCUUCCAUCUGAACUAGAAGAAAUUUCUGGGUG